AUGCCAAAAGCUUUCAAGAAACCAGCGGAGACCAUGGAACACUGUCGGCAAGGAUUCUCACAAGGAGGAAACCACCUCAUCGGCAGAGCGCCCAAUCUCCAGCUCGCAGCUGUCAGCGUGCGGCGAGGGAAGCGCACGCCAGAGGAUCAGCGGCGGCGGCUAUUAGCGCUGAUCCUGCGCCGCGGCCCAACAGACCUGCCAACUCCGCGGCUAAUGGGCGAGAGGGGUAGUUCGUGGAGCUCUGAAGCCUGGAGGCUGGAGUCGAUCAGGGGGGGGGGUGACGGACAGGUGGCCCCCAGCCCCAAAGCACAUGCUCGGCUUCGCUCCAUACUUUUACAGAGUCCUGCCUCCAGCUCCGGCCUUUCCCCGACACAAUCCAUGCACUUGACACUUGCACCUGACAGGCCUGACAAAAAGGGAGAGUCCAGUCCUUUAGUGCUGCACCAGGGAGAGUCCAGUCCUUUAGUGCUGUACCAGGGAGAGUCCAGUCCUUUAGUGCUGCACCAGGGAGAGUCCAGUCCUUUAGUGCUGCACCAGGGAGAGUCCAGUCCUUUAGUGCUGUACCAGGGAGAGUCCAGUCCUUUAGUGCUGCACCAGGGAGAGUCCAGUCCUUUAGUGCUGUACCAGGGAGAGUCCAGUCCUUUAGUGCUGCACCAGGGAGAGUCCAGUCCUUUAGUGCUGCACCAGGGAGAGUCCAGUCCUUUAGUGCUGCACCAGGGAGAGUCCAGUCCUUUAGUACUGCACCAGGGAGAGUCCAGUCCUUUAGUGCUGCACCAGGGAGAGUCCAGUCCUUUAGUGCUGCACCAGGGAGAGUCCAGUCCUUUAGUGCUGCACCAGGGAGAGUCCAGUCCUUUAGUGCUGCACCAGGGAGAGUCCAGUCCUUUAGUGCUGCACCAGGAGAGGAGAGUCCAGUCCUUUAGUGCUGACCAGGGAGAGUCCAGUCCUUUAGUGCUGUACCAGGGAGAGUCCAGUCCUUUAGUGCUGUACCAGGGAGAGUCCAGUCCUUUAGUGCUGCACCAGGGAGAGUCCAGUCCUUUAGUGCUGUACCAGGGAGAGUCCAGUCCUUUAGUGCUGUACCAGGGAGAGUCCAGUCCUUUAGUGCUGCACCAGGGAGAGUCCAGUCCUUUAGUGCUGUACCAGGGAGAGUCCAGUCCUUUAGUGCUGUACCAGGGAGAGUCCAGUCCUUUAGUGCUGUACCAGGGAGAGUCCAGUCCUUUAGUACUGCACCAGGGAGAGUCCAGUCCUUUAGUGCUGUACCAGGGAGAGUCCAGUCCUUUAGUACUGCACCAGGGAGAGUCCAGUCCUUUAGUGCUGUACCAGGGAGAGUCCAGUCCUUUAGUACUGCACCAGGGAGAGUCCAGUCCUUUAGUGCUGCACCAGGGAGAGUCCAGUCCUUUAGUGCUGUACCAGGGAGAGUCCAGUCCUUUAGUACUGCACCAGGGAGAGUCCAGUCCUUUAGUGCUUGUCUCCAUCGACCCCUCUCAUCUGCACAUGGACUAUUCCAUGCAGCGUCCCUCUGCACAUGGACUAUUCCAUGCAGCGUCCCUCUGCACAUGGACUAUUCCAUGCAGCGUCCCUCUGCACAUGGACUAUUCCAUGCAGCGUCCCUCUGCACAUGGACUAUUCCAUGCAGCGUCCCUCUGCACAUGGACUAUUCCAUGCAGCGUCCCUCUGCACAUGGACUCAUGA